GCGGGGGCGUCGCCGCCAUCGCCUUCGUCGGAGAGCGGGGACUCGGUGCGCGCUAUCGGGCGGGGGCGAGGUUCGGGCCGGUUGUGCCGUUGCGAGGCUGCUGCUUCGGUCGCUACGGUGGGCCCUGAAUUAUACCCUGACUCCAAAUUGGAGAAGCCAGUGGUACUGCCAGUGUUCUUUGGAAGCAGUGUCUGGAUCCAUUGCAAGUUGGAUCCUUGUUCUAAUAAGGAAUAAUUGAAAACGGACCCUCUCCAGAGAUGUCAAAAACAAACAAGUCUAAGUCUGGAUCUCGCUCUUCUCGAUCAAGAUCUGCAUCCAGAUCUCGAUCUCGUUCGUUUUCGAAGUCUCGAUCCCGAAGCCGAUCUAUCUCUCGUUCAAGAAAGCGAAGGCUAAGUUCUAGGUCUCGUUCCAGAUCGUACUCUCCAGCUCAUAACAGAGAAAGGAAUCACCCCAGAGUGUAUCAGAAUCGAGAUUUUCGAGGUCAUAACAGAGGCUACAGGAGGCCCUAUUACUUUCGUGGGCGCAACCGAGGCUUCUAUCCUUGGGGCCAAUAUAACCGUGGAGGCUAUGGCAACUAUCGCUCAAAUUGGCAGAACUACCGGCAAGCUUACAGUCCUCGUCGGGGCCGGUCCCGUUCCCGGUCCCCAAAGAGAAGGUCCCCUUCACCGAGGUCCAGGAGCCAUUCUAGGAACUCUGAUAAGUCGUCUUCUGACAGGUCAAGGCGCUCCUCGUCCUCUCGUUCUUCCUCUAACCAUAGCCGAGUUGAAUCUUCUAAGCGCAAGUCAACAAAGGAGAAAAAAUCCUCUUCCAAGGAUAGCCGGCCAUCCCAAGCUACUGGAGAUAACCAGGGAGAUGAGGCCAAGGAGCAGGGGUUCUCUGGAGGCACCUCCCAAGAUACAAAAGCAUCUGAGAGCACGAAGCAAUGGCCAGAUGCCACCACUUACAGCACUGGUUCUGCAUCAAGGGCUUCAGCAGUUUCUGACCUGAGUCCCCGGGAGCGAAGUCCAGCUCUCAAAAGCCCCCUCCAGUCUGUGGUGGUGAGACGGCGAUCACCACGUCCUAGCCCCGUGCCAAAACCCAGUCCUCCACUUUCCAGCACAUCCCAGAUGGGCUCAACUCUGUCGAGCAGUACUGGGUAUCAGUCUGGGGCACACCAAGGUCAGUUUGAGCAUGGCUCUGGCUCGUUGAGUCCAUCCAAAAAGAGCCCUGUGGGUAAGAGUCCACCGGCCACUGGUUCCACUUAUGGCUCGUCUCAGAAAGAGGAGAGUGCUGCUUCAGGAGGAGCAGCCUAUAGCAAGAGAUAUCUAGAGGAGCAGAAGACAGAAAAUGGGAAAGAUAAGGAGCUGAAACAAACAAAUACUGAUAAAGAGAAAAUGAAAGAGAAAGGGGGCUUCUCAGAUGAUACAAAAAUGAAAUCUGAUCCAUUUGGUUCCAAGACUGAUACCGAGAAGCCCUUCCGAGGCAGUCAGUCACCUAAAAGGUAUAAGCUCCGAGAUGACUUUGAGAAGAAGAUGGCUGACUUCCAUAAGGAGGAGAUGGAUGAUCAAGAUAAGGACAAAAGUAAGGGAAGGAAGGAAUCUGAGUUUGAUGAUGAGCCUAAAUUUAUGUCUAAAGUCAUAUCCAGUUCAAGCAAAAACGAGGAUGAGAAGUCAGGCAAAUGGGAGGGCCUUGUAUAUUCAGGGAAGGAAAAGCAGAGGAAAGCUGAGGAGCUGGAGGAGGAGCCUUUCACAGAGAGAUCCAAAAAGGAGGAGCGAGGAGGGGCCAAGAGAUCCGACAGUGGGCACAGGGGGUUUGUGCCUGAGAAGAAUUUCCGUGUGACUGCAUACAAGGCGGUUCAGGAGAAAAGCUCAUCGCCUCCCCCAAGGAAGACUUCUGAGAGCCGUGACAAGUUGGGAGCCAAAGGAGACUUUUCCUCAGGAAAGUCUUCCUUCUCUAUUACUCGAGAGGCCCAGGUCAAUGUCCGGAUGGACUCUUUCGAUGAGGACCUUGCACGACCCAGUGGUUUAUUGGCUCAGGAGCGCAAACUUUGUCGGGAUCUAGUCCAUAGCAACAAAAAGGAACAGGAAUUUCGUUCCAUUUUCCAGCACAUACAGUCAGCUCAGUCUCAACGUAGCCCCUCAGAAUUGUUUGCCCAGCAUAUAGUGACCAUUGUUCAUCAUGUUAAAGAGCAUCACUUUGGGUCCUCUGGAAUGACAUUGCACGAACGCUUUACUAAAUAUUUAAAGAGAGGAACUGAACAGGAGGCAGCUAAAAACAAGAAAAGCCCAGAGAUACACAGGAGGAUAGACAUUUCCCCCAGUACAUUCAGAAAACAUGGUUUGGCUCAUGACGAAAUGAAAAGUCCCCGGGAACCAGGCUACAAGGCCGAGGGAAAAUACAAAGAUGAUCCUGUUGAUCUCCGCCUUGAUAUUGAACGUCGUAAAAAACAUAAGGAGAGAGAUCUUAAACGAGGUAAAUCAAGAGAAUCAGUGGAUUCAAGAGAUUCCAGCCACUCAAGGGAAAGAUCAACUGAGAAAACAGAAAAAACUCAUAAAGGAUCAAAGAAGCAGAAGAAGCACCGGAGAGCACGAGACCGAUCCAGGUCAUCGUCCUCCUCUUCCCAGUCAUCUCACUCAUACAAAGCAGAAGAGUACCCUGAGGAGGCAGAGGACAGAGAGGAGAGCACCACAGGCUUUGACAAAUCAAGACUGGGGACCAAAGACUUCAUGGGUCCAAGUGAAAGAGGAGGCAGCAGAGCUCGGGGAAACUUUCAAUUUCGAGCCAGAGGGAGAGGCUGGGGCAGAGGCAACUACUCUGGUAACAACAACAACAAUAGCAACAACGACUUUCAAAAGCGAAGCCGAGAAGAGGAGUGGGAUCCAGAGUACACACCCAAAAGCAAGAAGUAUUACUUGCAUGAUGACCGAGAAGGUGAAGGCAGUGACAAGUGGGUGAGCCGGGGCCGGGGCCGAGGAGCCUUCCCUCGUGGCCGAGGCCGGUUCAUGUUCCGGAAAUCCAGUACCAGCCCCAAAUGGGCCCACGACAAAUUCAGUGGAGAGGAAGGGGAGAUUGAAGACGACGAGAGUGGCACAGAGAACCGAGAAGAGAAGGAUAGUUUACAGCCCACAACUGAGUAGGGGGCCCCACUCGAUGGGGAGCCCUUGCUCAGGGGUGAGAGGCACUGAGAGAGGCUGGUGAGGAGCAUAAACAAAGGAGCCUUGGAGAUUGUAAACCCCCCACUCCACCAGCCGCACAGAACCUUCCACAGCAGAAAGCUUCCCCAUGCCGCCACUUCCCACUGGAGGAGGCUUGCCUGCUGCUGAGCCGGGGCUCAGGCCCUAGUUUUGAUUGGAACACCAGUCAGGCUCUUGCUGUUUCUUGUUUCUUGUUGGUGUGUGGUGGGGGCUGCGGUAGGGUGAGAGAUGCAGUUGCUUGGAUUUGGUUUGUUACUUAUAGAAACCAACAGUUUUGUUCUUAAUUUCAUUUGGAGCGAAUACUAAUUUUUUUUUCAGUCUCUUCUUGUCCUGAUUUUAAAAGCCCUUUUACCCACCCCCUUCCCCCCUUUUUUUCUUUUUAGAAAUAUGUAGUAUUAGUAGAAAGAUUUAAUUUGGGCAACUUUGAAGCAUGUGAAUAAACAUUGAAGUGUUCACCUCAGUUUGGGACCAAACUGCUUGUAUCUUUGUAAAAAUCAGUUUUGUAUGUCAAGGAGGAGUUUGCCUUUCUGACCACCGUGUGUUCCCCUUUCUGUGCAGCCUUGUAUCACAUGGAGUUGCUCCUGACCACUCCCCAUGCGUCCCUGCUCCUCUAUUUUCUGAUUUCUGGGCUGGGCUUCCCAUUCUCUACCAGCAGCUCCAGUCUCCCAAACUUUCUAGUCCUGCCGAUCCUCAGCACCAGGGUGGAAACUAGAGGGCAGUUUCUGGUCUCUUUUCUAAGAAACUUCUGACUUCUAUUAUCUUUACAAAUAUAAGAUGAGAAAAUAAUUUUUUCAAUAUUUUUUAUUAAUCUUUUUAUAAAAUGAAAAGAAACUCCUAUGGUGGGUUAAAGAAGGUGGUUAUGGCUGGGUGGUUUGUAGGGUAGUGUGGUUUGUUUUGUUUUUUUUCUUUUUAACCUUUAGCUUUAAAUUGAAACAUUCUCAGAUGUUUGGGGGAAAACAUCCUCUUAAAAUGGGUCCUUGUGCUUGCCUUCUGGGGAGGCGGUCCUGAGCCCGUGAAUCGUUCAGCAUUUGUUAUAGACUGCACCCUCCUACUCCCCCCAACCUCUGCUCUUGGGUUGUGCUACUUUCCCCAUACUUUGCUACAUUUCUAUAGUUAAGUUGGUUUUACUUGGAUAAUUCAUACUUAGGGGAAAAAG